AUGUCCACCACUGCCUUCACCACCGCCCUGUCGGCCGCUCAGUCCAAGGCCAAGUACGCCCCCGCCGUGCAGACCGCCGCCGAGAAGGUCAACGCCGAUGCCCUCUCCACCGCCGUCGAGGCCGUUCUGGCCGGCGGUGACAACGCCUCGGUCGAGGGCGAGCAGGCCGACGCCCUGAAGAGCGGAUUCGAGUUCGCUACUCUGCUGGUCAAGGAGUUGGCUUCCGAGCCUGGACAGACCGAGAUGUUGACUCUCUACAAGUACUUCAAGCGCUCGCGGAAUGAGGAGCCCGCUCAGCCUUCGUUCUACCAGAUGGAGGCCAAGUUUAAGUACAACGCCUGGAAGGAGAUCAGCCACAUCAGCCAGCAGCGCGCUCAGGCCCUUUACAUCAAGGAGGUCAAUGACCUGAUUGAGAAGUACCACACCCGCGACUAGAGAGCAUCGAUACAGAACAUCCUUGGUUAUGAAUGAUCUGGUUCCUUUUUGCUUGUGAUAUCUUUCUGGUACAGAUUUUCCAUUUGGCCUGUCAAUGGUUGGAUGAGUGUUCUGUCUGUUUUUAAAUAUGUAAAGUCAUGAGCGAGCAUCAUACUUCGCUGUCUUGUCGUUGAAUUCUUUUCAGGGAAGAUCCCGAGUGUAGAGUGCUGGUGGAUGUAGGUGUGAGUUGGGUAAGUUGCAUAUAUAGGUCUAUCGGUGGGUGAGUGGGUGAGGGUGUAUCGGAUGAUCUCGUUGCUCAAUUCAGUUAACCUUCCCAUGUCUGUCCGAGCCAAUCGGGCUCGCUGUGACUCGCUGUUGCGCACC